AUGCAUCCCUUCAACGACCUCACCGCAUCCGAAAUCCACCGCUCCCGAGCCGCAGUCCAGUCUCUGCACGCUGGCGAGGCGCUCGUUUUCAAAGCCAUCACCCUAGAGGAACCGGACAAGAAUGUCAUGAUUCCAUUUCUUGAAGCAGAGCUAUCAGGCAAAACUCACGACGCUCCACCACGUCUUGCAUACUGCGUCUACUAUAUCAAAGCAUCUGAUACUCUGAUGACAACAUGGGUCGACUUGAAAGCCAAUCGUGUGUCGAAAUCCGAAGCCGCCGAUAAAGAGUUCCACGGGAACGUGGACUUCAAUGAAGUCGACGACGUGGAACGCAUGGUCAUGCAGGAUCACGCUGUACUGGAGCAGAUCCGCAGACUCAAACUGCCUCCCCAUCUAACUGUGAUCGCCGAGGCCUGGGGCUUUGGAUCCGACGGACUCGCGGAUCAAAUGCGACAGUAUCAAGUCUACAUGUUUGUUUCGGAGGUCGGAAAGCCCGACAGCAACCACUACGCAAGACCGCUGUCUUUCUCUCCUGUCGUUGACCCCGUACGCAUGAAGGUCAUCCGGAUCGACUUGAUUCCUACCGGUGCCGAUUGGGCUUUGAAGCCACUGGGCCCUUUCGAAGAUAACGGCCCCAACGAAUACGUCCCCGAGGCCAACAACUUGCGGACAAAUUUGAAAAGACUCCAUGUCUCCCAACCAGACGGUCCAUCGUUUACCAUCGACGAUGAGAAUGUUCUGCGGUGGCAAAAGUGGCACAUUCGCGUGUGCUUCAACUACAGAGAGGGAAUCGUGCUGCGAAACGUUUGCUAUGAUGGCCAGCCUUUAUUCUACCGUGUUAGUCUCAGUGAUAUGACGGUCCCUUAUGCGGAUCCUCGUGCGCCUUAUCAUCGCAAACAAGCUUUUGAUCUGGGUGAUGUCGGUGCAGGAUUGGUUGCUAAUAACCUCAAACUCGGCUGCGACUGUCUUGGAUCGAUCGCGUACCUCGAUGGUUUUAUCUCCGACCGACAGGGCAACCCAUUGCGCAAGGAGAAUGCGAUUUGCAUCCACGAACAGGGCAAUGGGAUUGGUUGGAAGCACACCAACUAUCGAACUGGGCGAGCUUGCGUUGUUCGCAACCGUGAACUAGUAAUUCAAUCAAUCCUCACCGUAUCAAACUACGAGUAUAUCCUCGCCUUUGUCUUCAACCAAGCCGGCCAAAUGGACUAUCAGGUCCGCGCGACCGGUAUUCUUUCGACCUGUGCCAUCGAUCCAGAUACCCAGGUCGAAUUCGGAACCAUCGUGCACCCCGGUGUCCUGGCAACACACCACCAGCAUAUUCUAUCUCUACGCAUCGACCCAGCCAUCGGCAGCUACACCCACGGCAAUAGCCUUGCCUACCAAGAAUCAUACGCCCUUCCCCACGAACCCGCCUUCAACCCACACGGAAACGGCUACAUUGCAAAAACAAACAUUGUACAGAAGUCCGAGGGCCUUGACUUUGACAUCAACCGAGGACGAGACUUUCUUAUCCAGAAUCCCAACAUUCCCAACUCCGUCAAUGGCCUUCCCAUCUCGUACAAAAUCCACGCUCCCCCGAUGCAAAAGCUCCUCGCCUCUCCUGACAGCUUUCACUUCAAGCGCGCGGAAUUUGCGGACCACGAAAUCUACGUCACGAAGUACCAGUCGGACGAGCUUUUCUCGGGCGGCAAAUUCACUAAUCAGAGUCGUGGAGGUCAUGGGGUUAAGAACUGGGUUGCUCGGAAAGACAGUGUGGUGAAUGAGGAUAUUGUGGUUUGGGUGCAAUUCGGCCUGAACCAUAUCCCUCGAAUUGAAGAUUUCCCUGUCAUGCCUGUGGAGAUUAUCACUGUCUCCUUGAAACCGGUCAACUUUUUUACUAGGAGUCCGGCUAUCGAUGUGCCUCCGUCGACCCUGGCAAGCAACCAAUCCGUACAAGUCAACAAGCCUGGCUGCUGUGGCAGCAGACUUUGAGUGUACUGGAGUUCAGGAUCAUUGGAUGUAUAAGCUUGGUCUUAAUUUUUGAUUCUUAUAGCAAUCAUAAUAGUCCUC